CCGGCUUCCUCUCUUACUGCAAGAUGGCAGCGUUCAGGGUCAAAGUGACGCGGGGAUCUCUAAUGAAGCAUUUUAUUAAUAAUAUCAGCAUUCACGGGAUAAACCCGCACGCAAAGUGUUCUCUGUUACAAAGGUCGUGGAUCCACACGGUAUGGAGUGGCGGGGUCUGCGGUCGGUCACUCGGAGCGGGUCGCUGCCGACAGUCGAACGGUCAGUUUGUGUUGGUCACUGCAGUGGCCGUCAGACACAACAGCACAGAGGUUCCCAUUAACACAGCAGCAGGCACCACCCCUUCCCUCCUCCAACCAAUCACAGAGCAGGCGGCAGGGUCAGCCCCCACAGUGUUGGAUGUGUUGCAGGAGGCGGGGCCAGAGCUCAGCCUAUCAGAGCUGGGGCUGGGGGCGUACACCCCCGUGGGGCUCAUUCAGAAUAUUCUCGAGUGUCUGCACUUGAAUCUGGGGCUGCCCUGGUGGGGGGCCAUUGUGAUGGGCACGGUACUGGCUCGCUGUCUGGUGUUCCCGGUCAUCGUUAAGGGUCAGAGAGAAGCAGCCAAACUGAACAACCACUUACCAGAGAUGACCAAACUGACCAACCGCAUGAACGAGGCCAAACACAGCGGGAACAAGUUUGACUUCUCGAAGGCCUAUUCUGACUUGAUGAUUUUUCAGAAGAAGCAUGAUAUUAACCCUUUCAGAGGAUUUCUAGUCCCUUUGGUGCAGGCCCCCAUCUUCAUCUCGUUCUUCAUCGCCCUUCGGAAGAUGGCGUACCUCCCAGUUCCCAGCAUGCAGAGCGGCGGGCUGUGGUGGUUCACUGACUUGACUCUGUCCGACCCCUUGUAUAUCCUUCCUCUGGCUGUGACCGGGACUAUGUUCGCAAUCAUCGAGUUAGGUGCAGAGUCCGGUGUUGACAACCCAAACCUGCGUGCAAUGAAGACUGUGUUCAGAGUGAUGCCCUUCGUCAUUCUGCCGCUCACCAUCUCCUUCCCCACGGCUAUCUUCACCUACUGGAUGACCUCAAACGUCUUCUCGCUGGCUCAGGUGGGCUUCCUGAAGAUCCCAGCGGUUAGGAAGAGGCUGGGAAUCCCAGACAGGGUGACCCACGACCCUUCUACACUGCCCCAACAAGAUGGCUUCCUGAAGAGCAUGAGAACUGGAUGGAAGAAUGCCCAGCUAACACAUCAGCUGGAGGAAAGAGAGAGACGAAUCAAAAACCACCUAGACAUGGCGGCUAAAGGGCCUUUGAGGCAGACGUUUACCCAGAAUCCUCUGCAGCAGCCUCAGCAAUUGGUCGCCAAGGCGAAAGGGGCGUCGGCUCUCGGCAACGCGUCGAAAGACAAGAAGAGGCCGUGGGAGGAGACUAUCGGCUGAAGCACAGUCCCAAGUGUGUGUAAACAGGGUUUGGGAAACACGAGGCUCAGUUUUGAACCGUGUGCAAACCCCCCCCCCCCCCCCCCCCCCCCCCCCUUUUUAUUUAUCUGCUGUGACAUCACAAGAUCCACUCGACUUCACUCAGCCCUGCAGACAAACUGCUAGUUCCUUUGUUAGUGUAGUGUGUGUUUCUUAUCCCGUUUGUUUGAGUGGAUCUUGUGAGAUCAGAGGUAGAAGAAGCUAAGAAAGUCAAGCAGCAGACUAGCGUCUCUGCUAACGCCUUCAUCAGUGCAAUGUGUGCGACAUGCUGGAAUUGUCUGUCAUCUCGGAGGUAGUUCACCCAGAACUUCACUCAGAAACUGUGCACAGGUAAAAUUAGAAGAAACUAAAAGUCAAGCAGCAGACAUGAAGAAACGGAUCCUUCCAGGGUCCCUGAGGGUCUCCCCUGGUAAAGGCUCGGCCCCAUGGUGUGCAGGGUGACUCAUCCACACAGGUUAGCGUCCUGGCUGUGCGAAGUCCUUUUUGGGAAUUCUAAAGGAGCGUCACAUUGGCUCUGUCGCUUCACCCAACGAGCGCAGAGCGGACGCCUGCAGGGCUGGCCUCUGUCCUCCGGAGUCCUGCAGCUCGCUGACAGCCGCUCAGUUCCUGGGUAUAGAAAAGGAAGCUGGCUCGAAGCUAGAGGACGCCUGCUGGACCUUCAGUGCUCCAGAGCAGCUGUGUGGGGAAUUGCUGCCACGAGGAGAAAAAAUUGGGCAUUCCAAAUCUGGGGGUAAAAUAAAAACCAAACGGACACAUUGGUGUCUGUGUCACCCGCGCCACCCUGAGGAACGCACUGGCUGAAGCGCUCGUCUGCUGCUUGACUUUCUGAGCUGCUUCUAGCACAAAGACCGUAAAGAAAAACGAAGACAUCUUGGUAAUUCUAUAGUCAAUAAAGAAGAGAAUAAUAAUGAAAUAAUAAAAAGGGUUCUGAUUUCUUAAGAAA